GUCAGGCACCGUUACAUGCACGCGACGCAGGAACUCGUGAGCAAGCUGCUGCACCUGCAUUUCAAGGAUGGCAAGACCAAAGUCAGCGGGGAUGCUUUGCUGCUCGUGGCCGAGUUGCUGAAGAUCUUCGUCGUGGAGGCAGCCGUCCGCAGUGUCAGGCAGGCCCAGGCAGAGGACCUGGACUGUGUGGAUGUGGACCAGCUGGAGAAGGUGCUGCCUCAGCUGCUUCUGGACUUCUAGGGGUUUCCACCCUCACGGAGGCCGCCUGACUCACGACCCUACCCCACCUCGUCUUCCGUUGCCUCUGGCUUCAGACGGGAGAGGCUGCUGCUCCAAGAUGCUCCUCCAGCCCCGAACCUGGGCCGGGUCCCAGCAAGCACUCUGUUGUCCCUCGUGCCCUCCUCUGCCCUGCUGAUGGCCUGGAAGCGGCUGAGGGACUGCUGUGUGGGGAGCCUGGCCCAGGGUGGGCAGAAGUGGGGACUGUCCUCUGCCGAGAGCUGCGCUGCGCAGUCCUGCACUGACAUCAAAGCCGGGUGCGGCCUCCUCACCACACUGCUCCCUCAGAGGAUGCUUCCCUGAGCUAUAAAUUUGUUCUCAUAGAGCAACGUCAGUAAAUCAAAGCUUUCUCCCAG